UUCGUUUUUAUUUAUAUAUAGAACAAUCGAGUAGGAACGUGAAAAGUGAAAAUUUCUUCACAGCGUGCUUGUGUUUUUCACGCCCGUUCUCUCACCGUGCAUUCGAGAAGUUUCUGUAGUCGAAAUAUUAAGGCCAAACGGCACGAAAAUAAGCAUAAAAGGCAGCGCUUUGUGAGUCACCAGCGUUAAAAAUCCCAGCGAUCUGAUAAACUAAAGUGCAAAUAUAAAGUUUUUUAAGUUAAUAUUAAAGGCAAUUGUAUAACCAUGACCAACAAUACAACAACUGCAACGACGGCUGGUGGCGGAGGAGGCGGCGACAAUGAAGCCACCAGUCACAAAGAUAAAGGAAAUGAAGCAUUUAAGGCUUCGCAGUGGGCGGAGGCUGCCAAAUGUUACAGCACAGCCAUUAAACUGGGCGAAAAGCAUAAGGAUCUGCCGGUGUUUUAUAAGAAUCGUGCAGCGGCCUAUCUGAAAUUGGAGCAAUAUGCCAAUGCCGUUGAUGAUUGCACGGAAUCUUUGCGCCUGGCGCCGAACGAUCCGAAGGCUUUGUUCAGACGGGCACAGGCAUACGAGGGGUUGGAGAAAUACGAGGAGGCCUACAAGGAUGCCACAGCGUUGUUCAAGGCCGAUCCGGGAAAUAAGACAGUACAGCCGAUGCUUCAUCGUUUGCAUCAGAUUGUGCAGGAACGUGUGGAACGCAAUUCGAAGACCUCGAAUAAGGUUAAGCAAAUGAUGGAGUUGACCUUUGAUGUGGCUCUGCCUUUGGAGAAGCGACGAUCAGGUGCCAAUAAUCUGGUAGUAUUGGCAAGGGAAACAGCGGGUGCGGAGCUGCUCUAUAAAGAGAACUGCAUUGCAAAAAUAUCUUCGCUGGCCAAAUACGAGAAGGAUUCGGAGAUUUAUGUGAAUAUGAUUCGUGUGGUUGCCGGUCUCUGCGAAAACUCCGUCGACCGUACAAAGGGCGUCCUAAAGGAGUUGGGUAUCCCUUGGUUUAUGCGUGUGCUCGACCAGAAACAUCAGGACUGUGUGUCUACGGCCCAGUUCUGUCUGCAGACAAUUAUUAAUUCGCUAUCUGGUCUGAAAAACAAGCCCGAUUCAAAGCCCAACAAGGAGCUCUGCGAGAAACACACACGUGAGAUUGAUACGCUGCUCACCUGCCUGGUGUACACCAUUACAGAUCGGACUAUUUCGGGAGCGGCACGUGACGCAGUAAUUGAGUUGUUGACCCGCAAUGUGCACUACACGACUUUGUCUUGGGCGGAGCGUCUGGUGGAGGUUCGCGGCCUGUGCCGUCUGCUGGAAGUAUGCUCCGAGCUGGAAGAUUACAAAUAUGAGAGCGCUAUGGAUAUAACAAGCUCGUCACGGACCAUUGCGUCCGUCUGCCUGGCUAGGAUCUACGAGAAUAUGUACUAUGAUGAGGCUAAACAACGCUUUACCGAUCAGAUUGAUGAGUUUGUCAAGGAUAAGCUUUUGUCGCCCGACAUGGAGUCAAAGGUACGCGUAACCGUCGCUAUUACUUCGCUAUUAAGUGGACCCUUGGAGGUGGGCAAUCAGAUUGUCGCUAGAGAGGGCAUUCUACAGAUGAUUUUGGCGAUGGCAACUACGGAUGAUUUGUUGCAGCAGCGCGUGGCCUGCGAGUGCCUCAUUGCAGCCUCCUCAAAGAAGGACAAGGCCAAGGCACUGUGCGAGCAGGGCGUGGAUAUUCUUAAACAUUUAUACCACUCCAAGAACGAUGCAAUACGCGUACGCGCUCUAGUGGGUCUCUGCAAGCUGGGCAGCUAUGGUGGCCAGGAUGCGGCAAUUAGACCGUUUGGGGAUGGUGCUGCGCUUAAAUUGGCCGAGGCGUGUCGACGUUUUCUGAUCAAACCGGGCAAGGACAAGGAUAUACGGCGCUGGGCAGCCGAUGGAUUGGCCUACUUGACACUGGAUGCCGAGUGCAAAGAGAAAUUGAUUGAGGAUAAAGCAUCAAUACAUGCCUUAAUGGACCUGGCCCGCACAGGAGAUCAGUCGUGUUUGUAUGGUGUGGUCACCACUUUUGUGAAUUUGUGCAACGCCUAUGAGAAGCAGGAGCUGCUGCCCGAAAUGGUGGAACUGGCCAAGUUCGCCAAGCAUCACAUACCCGAGGAGCAUGAGUUGGACGACACGGAUUUCAUCAACAAGCGGAUUACGGUGCUUUGCAACGAAGGAAUUACGACGGCGCUUUGCGCCCUGGCCAAGACCGAGAGUCAUAAUUCGCAGGAACUUAUCGCACGCGUUCUCAAUUCAGUUUGCAGUUUGCAGGAGCUGCGUGGCAAGGUGGUGCAGGAUGGUGGUGUAAAGACUUUGCUACGUCUGGCCUUGGAGGGUACGGAGAAGGGUAAACGACAUGCCAGUCAGGCGCUUGCUCGCAUUGGCAUCACAAUAAAUCCGGAGGUGGCAUUCAGCGGCCAACGCAGUUUGGAUGUUAUCAGGCCGCUCCUAAAUCUGCUCCAACAAGAUUGUACGGCGCUCGAGAACUUUGAGUCACUCAUGGCGCUCACAAAUCUUGCCAGCAUGAAUGAGAGUGUGCGUCAGCGCAUAAUCAGGGAGCAGGGAGUGUCCAAAAUCGAAUACUACUUAACAGAAGAUCAUUUAUAUCUGAUACGAGCGGCGGCCCAAUGUUUGUGCAAUCUGAUUAUGUCCGAGGAUGUCGUGAAAAUGUUCGAAGGUGAAAACGAUCGUGUUAAAUUCUUGGCCCUGCUCUGCGAGGAUGAGGACGAAGAGACGGCAAUGGCAUGUGCGGGCGCUUUGGCAAUGUUGACUUCAGUCUCAAAGAAAUGUUGUUCCAAAAUUUUGGACAUUGCCAGUUGGCUGAAUAUCCUGCACACAUUGAUUGCCAAUCCAAGUCCGGCGGUUCAGCAUCGUGGCAUGGUCGUCAUUCUGAAUAUGAUCAAUGCCGGCGAGGAUAUUGCCAAGAAACUGUUCGAUACGGAUGUUAUGGAACUGCUUAGCGGCAUGACGCAGCUACCGGAUGAGACGCGCGCAAAAGCCCGUGAGGUUGCCAUUCAAUGUUUGGCCGCUGCGGAAAGGCAUCGCAUUAUAGAGCGUUCAGACGAGGCUGAAAUACCGGAUGUCUUCGCCGAAGGCGCCAAAAUAACAGAGAUUGUCGAUGACGACUGAACAGAGACCAUCUCUACUCCCAUUUAGUGCCAAGUCCCCUAGCUUAGAUUCGUAUGCUAUUGGUUUCGCGACAUUAAUGCCCGCCAUUUUCUAACAACUUCAUCCUUACCAUAUCUUUGCCGUCUUUUUAUUAUUUCAAAUGCAUAAUGUGUAUUUUAAAGUGUACUUAAUGAAUGACUCAUAAAUAUAUAUUUUAUUAUUUAUGAUUUUAUAAUAAA